CUCAAUAUGAAGGUUGCAAUUAUACAAUUGUUUUUGGCCUCUGCCUGUCUUUUGGCCGCCUGCCAGGGCCGCGUUAUUCAAGAGGAUGUGUUGCUGGAGGAAAUGCCUUCACAGUUUAUGGAACCUAUGGUUUAUAUGCCAGAGGAAGUUAUUAACUCUGCUAAUGUAGUGGCUGAAACUGAAGAAGUUGAAAUUCCUGCAGAAGUUCCAGUUGUUUCAGUAGAUGAAAUUGAACCCCGCAGUGGUUGCUCCAUAGCAAUUCGUGGUGGUCUUAAGGCUAAGCAACCUUUGUACAUUAGACCCGGUACCAGUGAGUUCUAUCCUUUCUCCGAUACCGGUAAAAUUGAUGUGGCCGCCGGUAAAACCAUUGAAAUUCACUGCACCAGUGGCUUUGCGCAUCCUUUAACAGGCAAAACUCACACGGCCACCUGCGUUAGUGGCAGCACUUUUAAAGUCAAUGGCGUUGAGCAUUCUUUGCCCAGUCUGGUGUGCACCAGUUGGCCGGCCUUUGUUGCCAAGAAAUCGGGCAGCACCUGCAAUGGUGGUACCUCCCUUGUCAAUGUUGGUUUUGAAUUGUCCUCCUCUCGUUUCAUGAGACAAUAUCAAGUGUGCUUUAAUGAACAUGAGGAAGUUACCCGUUAUGUCUACCACAAAAUGUUCCCAGGCAGCAAUUACUAUGAAACUGGUGUAGAACGUCUUAAUUUCGCCACUGGUGGUUUCUUUGCUGGCAAAAAUGUUGACAAACUCUAUACCCAGGCCCAGCAAAAGGAAACCAUUGACAAGGAAUUGGGCUACAAUGCUGAAAAAUACUUUGAUGGUAAAAAGAACAUUUUCCUGGCUCGUGGUCAUAUGGCUGCCAAGGCUGAUUUCAUGUAUGCCUCCGAACAACGUGCCACUUUCUUGUUCCUUAACACGGCUCCCCAAUGGCAGGUGUUUAAUGCCGGCAACUGGGCCCGUGUUGAGGAUGGUGUCAGAGCCUGGAUUACCAAACACAAGAAGACUGUCGAAUGUUGGACUGGUGUUUAUGGUGUCACCACUUUGCCCAACAAGCAUGGGGUACAAACUAAUCUGUAUUUGGCCUAUGAUGGCAAUCAUAAUGGUUUGAUUCCAGUGCCCAAAUUGUAUUUCAGAGUUGUAAUUGAACCCUCUACCAAGAAGGGUAUUGUCUUCAUUGGUGUUAAUAAUCCUCAUUUGACUUUGGCCGAGAUUAAGAAGGACUAUAUUAUCUGUCCCGAUAUCAGUGAUAAGGUCAGUUAUAUUCCUUGGAAAAAGACUGAUAUUGUGGCUGGUUAUUCGUAUGCCUGUGAAGUUGCUGAAUUCCGCAAGAAGGUCACCACUUUGCCUUCAUUCUCUGUUAGUGGUCUUUUGGUUUAGAUUUGAAU